AUGAACUUCCAGGUUAUUCUCCUGUUGGCUCUGGUUGCCUUUGCUGCCUCGGAUUCGCGUCCUUCUUCCUUCUACGGGGUCCCUCAGGUAUCAGGAGAUUCUUCUGAAAACUUAUCAGAGAAUCGAGGAUCAUAUCGCAGUGAUUCAAGAUCUGAUGAAGAUUCAACUGAAUAUGGACCUGCAAAGUACGACUUCGACUGGACCGUGAACCACGACUACUCAGGCAACCACUUCGGCCACCAGGAGUCCCGCGACGGAGACUACACCCAAGGCUCGUACUACGUGCAGCUUCCCGACACUCGCUUGCAGACUGUCAAGUACUACGUGGACGGCGACUCUGGCUACGUGGCCGAGGUGGAGUACGAGGGCGAGGCUCAGCAUCCUGAGUCCGAGGAAUAUCGAGUGUCUCGAGGACGAUACUCAGCCCAAGACUCAGGCGAGGACUCGUCCGAAACAGUCGUUCGAGCUCCCUCAAGAUUUUAUGGCUCACCUUUGUGA